AUGGCGACUGAGUUGAAAGUGCAACGGCAACUCAACAAAAAGGAUCUUGAUGUGCUAAAUGAUUUAAAUUUGGAGAUACCAAGAAUUAUUACUCGAAAAUGUAUGCUUGUUAAAUGGUCAAAGCCUCCGUCGGGAUGGAUUAAGCUUAAUUGCAAUGGGAGUUGUCCAAAUAAUCCAGGGUCUUCUGAAGGUGGGGGUAUCUUGCGAGAUAUGGAUGGAAAUUUUAAAGUAGCCUUCUCGGCUCAUUUUGGUCUUGGAACAAAUAAUAAAGCUGAAUUGAGAGCUAUUUUGGAAGGGAUUCGGCUUUGUAAAAGCCUAUAUUUUUCUAAGAUAAUUAUUGAAAGUGAUUCUAAGUUGAUUGUGGAUUGGUUCAGGUUGUUGAAUGAGGAGGACUUUUUGAAGGCAAUGUCGAGAGAAGGGACUGAGAUUGAUGGACAUAACUCAAAAAUCUGCCAUUGGCGUGAUGGGGGAAAGAAGGAGAAGGAAAGACUCAAGGCAGAGGGUAAAAUGGUGAUGCAAAUUUGGUGUCCACAAAAUCCUGACGAGGGUGAAAGGAAAAAUGUGGUGGAGUCUGAGGUCAGUCCAAACUCUGUUCCUGGGAAUAUAAUUGGUGUUGAAAAUCUGGGUGCUUGCUCCUCUCCGAUGGAAGUGGUGAUGGUCCAGGAGACUUAA